GAUCUUACUGUUGGACAAUUCGUCUAUGUAAUCAGGAAGCGCAUCAAGUUGGCCCCUGAAAAGGCCAUCUUCAUCUUCGUUGAUGAAGUACUGCCUCCAACGGCCGCGCUUAUGAGUGCAAUCUAUGAAGAGCACAAGUACGUCCGCGAACCUAUUAUGCACACACAGGCGCUGACAAAUUAUAUAGGGAUGAGGAUGGAUUCCUCUACGUCUCUUACUCUGGGGAGACUGGUUGGCGGUUUGGUCUUGAUACGAAGUGGUCAGAGUCCAAGAUGCGCGGUCAGCUGGGAUGCUUUGUUUGACCGCUUCCGGCAAGACCACCCACUUUUAAAGGCGUCUCUCUACGAGUCACCAGCCUCGACGAAUAUCGUCUCAAGUGCGGAAUUUGAGGCGUCUCCUCGAAACUCUCCUAGAGCGUCUCCUCGCGCAACAUCACGCGCUUCUCCACGCACAAACUUGCCUCGUGGUUCCAGCCUGCCUGGAACCCCGCGAUUAGGUGCAACUGCGAGUCCCAAGUUGGCCCCCAUCUCCCCUGGCCGCGCAGCUCGUGCCACAAGUCCUGGAACUCAGCUCGCAAGCUUUAAUCAACUCCUGGUCGAUGGACAAUCGGGCCCACGUGAUUCGAAAGACGUGAAAGAGAGCUUAACAAGGCUGCGGAGAUUAAUACUCGCCGAAGGGAUCCCUACAAAAACAGAUCCCACCCUCCGGCCCAGGAUUUGGAAGAUCCUGUUACAAAUAGGAAACAUCAACGGAGAAGGCUACCUCAAAUUAGUGCAACGAGGACCAUGUAGUGUAAGAGAGAAGAUUAAGAACGAUACAUUCCGGGGAUUCAAGGAGCGUGUACGAGAAGACAUGCUCGUGCGCCUACUGGAUGCUUUCGUCUGGAAAAAUCAAGACAACGCAGAGGAGGGACGCCUAGCUUUCGGAUACGUUCAGGGCAUGAACGUACUCGCCGCACCUUUUCUGUACACCAUGCCGUCAGAAGUAGAAGCAUUCUAUACUUUCUCCAAAUUCAUUGAGCAAUGCUGUCCCCUUUACGUGCAACCCACACUGGAUGGUGUCCACCACGGCUUACGACUACUUGACCGUUGCCUCGAAAUCCUUGACGCAGAGCUUUAUAAUCACUUAUUAUCCAAACGGCUUACUGCAGAGAUUUACGCUUUUCCCUCGGUUUUGACAUUAUGUGCUUGCACACCGCCUUUGGAUCAAUCAGCUGCUGCUAAUGCGCAAAGACUUGAUGAGCAGUCCAAGGUGAGCUUGUGUCGAGUAUACACCAUUAGUGACUCACCAGAACAUGCUUCAUCUAAUAGUCCCAUGAAACUUCUACGCACUUUCCCUCCGCUUGACGCGGAGCAAAUCAUCGCUUUCACAGUAACACUCGUCCGGGACAUCCCCGUCCAGCUCUACGAAGAACUGACCCGACAUCCUUGGGAUAUGAAUGUAAACUACACGUUUCUUGUAGCAAAUCUGUAUUCCGCAGAUAUUUUACUAGGUGCAUCUGCACUGGUUUAUUCGUUCAUAGAUGGUAUUUCUGUUGGUAGAAAUUUGUACGAGAUCAGUUACGAAAGAAAGUAUAACGAAGCCUGGACUUCACCACAACUACCAUUUGCAAAAUUGGACGAUAUGGAAAUAUCCGGGAUUCAUGCAUUGACGUCUGCACAAGAGAUGCGCCUCACAAAUUACCUGGAGGAUCAAUACUUGCAUAUAUUAAGAGACUUUAGGAAAAGACACGAACCCACAUCUAGUCUUCCAACACUUCCGGACUACUUGAAAGCCAUGCGACCAUUGAUCUUCGACAUGAUCAUGCUUAUUCCUCCUCUCACUCCAUCUGGAGAAUUGAGAACCUCCCUUCUUCUACGGUUCACGUCGGAACUACUCUCGUCGGUGGUGUGCUACCCCUCAUUCGUCCCACUAGGUCAACCUCCCGCGAAUUCGGAUGAUAGUGACGAGGGCGAUGCAAGCAAUUCUGGUGCAUCAGGAGGGUCUUUGAGCACUAGUGUGCGCAUGGACGAAGACGAGGCAUCACAGGCUGCAGCGGAAAGGCGAUACCCUUUGGUCGAGUUGUUCGAACUCUUGACAGAUCUGGACUAUGCAUGGUCUACCGUUCUUUCAUGUCAAGUCUGGGAUAGCAAGACGAAGCGUGGAAAGGACGUUAUUCUUGAAAUGCCAAGCCUCGACGAUGAUGUCAAAAUGGAGGGAAGCCAGUCUGACGUGCAGACUGAGGACAAUGAAAUCAAACUCUAUGCUCCUAGCAUGACGGAUUGCACAAGACUUAGGAGCAUGAUCAUUAGUGGGAUAGAUGGCAUCGAAACGUGGCUUGCGGAGGCGGAUGCACCCGAGGCAGCUUUGGAGACGUUUGAAAACUGCUUUUCAUUAACAUUGCGUUUCUUAGGAGAGGAUUCGAAUCAGGUUGUCUGGCAAGAACAUGAAGUGGAUGGUCAAGAAACUCUAAAGCCUAUCCUCAACACACCUGAAGUGGAUACUCUGUUUUCGCAUCCGCUUUCCUCGUUUCUGCACAAUACUGCACCAUUUCCACUUCCAAGUACAUCCCCUUAUCUACCCGAUACAACGGUAAAUGAAGCAUCAAACGACGUGAUGCGCGCGACAUCCUCUCAAGAGCAAGAAGAAUCUGAGGAGGAGGACAAGAAAUAUGCGGGACCGCCACCACCGCGUGUAAACCCCGCAGAAUAUCAUACUUUUCAUGAUAUGCCGUGGGGCCCUACACGGGUUAGAAUCCAUUCGUUCCUAACGGGUCGAGAGUCUUCGGGCAUGAAGCCAAUAGCGGGGUUGACCGCUUCGAUAUUGCUCGAGGUGGCACAAAUUGGUUAUGGAGUCGCCCCAAACGGAUUCGAAGUCGAUGCACCAGGCCAAGCAGGGCGUAGGGAAAGGAUUGCGUGGGAGAUGAAUCGAACUGAGAAGUUCAAGGAUGCUGCUAAACGUGAAGGGAUCCAUUGGGAUUGGGAACGGGAAGAGAGGAAAGAGAGGGAGAAGAGAAUGAGUAUCCAUCGGUUAAAAGCAACGACCCGAUUAUAG